AUGGCUUCUGCGGAGGUAGAAAAGGGGUCUCCAGUGGUGGAGGGGCUGCUGGUCGUGGGCAACAUCAUUAUUCUGCUGGCAGGCCUGGCCCUGUUUGCCGAGACGGUGUGGGUGGCAGCUGACCAGUACCGCGUGUACCCGCUGCUGGGAGUGUCGGGCAAGGACGACGUCUUCGCGGGCGCCUGGAUCGCCAUCUUCUGCGGCUUCGCCUUCUUCGUGGUGGGCAGCUUGGGCGUGGGCGCCGCGCUGUGCCGCCGCCGCUCCAUGCUGCUCACGUACCUGCUGCUCAUGCUGGUGGUCUACAUCUUUGAGUGCGCUUCCUGCAUAACGUCCUAUACCCACCGUGAUUAUAUGGUGUCUAACCCAUCCCUCAUCACCAAGCAAAUGUUGACCUUCUAUGGUGCAGAUUCGGCCCAGGGCCAGGAGCUGACGCGCCUCUGGGACCGCAUCAUGAUUGAGCAACAGUGCUGCGGCACUUCUGGCCCCAUGGACUGGGUGAACUUCACCUCGGCCUUCCGGGCAGCCACCCCGGAGGUGGUGUUCCCCUGGCCCCCGUUAUGCUGUCGCCGGACAGGCAACUUCAUCCUCCUCAAUGAGGAAGGCUGCCGUGUGGGCCACGUGGAUUACCUGUUCACGAAGGGUUGCUUCGAGCACAUUGGCCAUGCCAUCGACAGCUACACGUGGGGCAUCUCAUGGUUUGGGUUUGCCAUCCUGAUGUGGACGCUGCCUGUGAUGCUGUUGGCCAUGUACCUCUACACCGUCCUGUGAACACCAAGACUGGCUGACCCAGUGCACCCCUCUGCCUCCUGGGCAGCUCUGCUUCCCCCUGACUAAGGCCUGCCGGCCCCUUCAGGGCAUCCUUCCAGCCUUCCAUCCAAAGACCUUGGACUGUGUUUCCAGGCUCUGCUGGGACUUGGUCAGGAGGGUCCCCUGACAAGACUAGCCGAGACGGUGUGCUUGAACCCAUAACCAUCCACCCGAUUACACUUGACUGA